AUGUUUAUUUGCUGUAAUAGUAACAAGAAAGCCAAAAGAAGGGAAAACUAAAAUCAGUAGUCAAUUUAGCAAAAACCUAACUAGACCAAAUAUUAGAUUCGCGUAUCUAUUGAAUAGGAUCAACAUUCUACAAAUUUAACAAAUAUAGAGGGCACAUCUGAUAAAAUGAAUUUUAGUUCCCAAGAUGUCGAGAGAUUCAUUAUAGAUGGCAGGAAAACUAUUGAAUAAGAACGUGAAUUAGUAAUGAGAUUAAUAGAAUUGCCUGAGAAAACUCAUUUAAUUGAAUUCAAUUGGGCAUUUGCCUACUCAAAUUAUAUAAAGGAUGAACGCAUCCAUCCUGGAGAAAUCACUAAUAACAUAUUAGUUGAGAAACUUAGAAAUAUAAAAGAAUUAGUUUCUGAAAAAGAUUAUGUUUUAGUCAAUGAAUAAGUUUGGAAUAUGCUGGUUCACAUCUAUAAGGGCGGUCCAAUGCUGACCAUUCAUGAUCUAGAUAGAAUAAAUUUAGAAAAGACAUUGAGAGGAUUUUCAUCUCCUCCAAUAGUUGAUUUGGAUAAGAAACAAAAUUAGUUUAGAUUAUUGAGUCAAUUACCCGUAAAAGAGAUCUAGAUUGUGGGAUUAGAAAAUGAGAAUUACUUUUGUUAUCUAAACAGUGUUCUCCAGUGUCUAAUGGGAAUCCGUCAGCUUAAUCAUUUCUUAUUAUAUUCUUACAAUUAAGAAGUUCAGCUUUUCACAUAAGCCUAUACUUUUCUGCUCAAAAAGGCUAAUAAAAAGCAUUAUAAAGGAAGAGUUAGCCCUAAUGAAUUGAUUAAGAUUCUGGAAAAGCAUUUCUCUAUCUAUGAAAUGCACGACAAAGAACUCUCUCUGAAAAAUUAGUUAUAAACGACAACAUUUAUUGAUGAGUUAUUUCAAGGUCAAAUUACCUCCUUUAUGAAAUGCCCUUAUUGCAAUAAAACUAUUACUCACUAAGAAGUUUAUUUUGAUCUUAGUCUUCCUUUACUUAGUAAAAGUUUCAUCUAAAGAAAACUUACCAUCAACGAAUGUCUUUCAAAUUAUUUCAAAGAAGAAAUUAUUGAUGGAGAAUGGAGGUGUUCUGUAUGCAACUAAUAAUCCAAAAACAUUAAAAGAGGAAUCAAAAUCUCCAGUGCACCUAAUAUACUUAUUUUGCAUCUCAAAAGAUUUCAGAACUACCCUCUAAAAAAGAAAAUAAAAGAGCCUGUUAAUAUAGAUAUGGAAAUCAAUAUCAAAAAUUAUUGUUGCACAGACAUUACAGAUACCAAAUAUGAUUUAUCGGCCAUGAUUGUUCAUUCUGGCACCAUAGACGAAGGACAUUAUGUUGCAGUAGUGAAGCGUAACUAAUAAGUAAUUGUACUCACUUAUAAACAACUUAGUUUUUCCUAUUCAAUGAUGAUGAAAUCCAAAGACUUUCAUAUGAUUAAAUCUCUCGCAUUGAUUCUGCUUACCUUCUUAUCUAUCAUAGAAAAAUAUGAUUGA